GUCGCCUGUUCCUGUGGUUCUCGUCUUCUGUCUUCGUCCCCACUCUGCCAUCUUAGCUCGUAUCAGGGUGUUGAAAUCAGAGUGUGGCAUUGCCACUUUUAAUGGGAUUGCGGUUAUUAUUAACUUGACAAAGGGGAGAAUGCUCCUUUUGGCAAGACUCAAGAGUGGAACCAAUCCAUUUACUCAAACCCCUCUAAAGCUAAGAUUUUCGCUUGUAUCGCUAUCCAGCCAAUGUGUAUCGUCUGUAGAAGCGGAUAUAGACAUUGAUAGGAUUACCAAGAUUAUUAACAACCACCCGUAUCCUGAUCAGCCACUUCAACCGGCUCUUCUCCAGAAUAUCCCACCAACUCUUCUUUCUACAAGCUUUGUGGAGAAUGUUCUUGGUCAUCUUUUCGGAGCACAUUCCAAUGGUCUCAAAGCUCUUGAGUUCUUCAAUUAUUCCCUCCAUCAUUCCCAGUUGUGUCCGAGUUCAGAUGCUUUUGAGAAGACGCUGCACAUCCUUACCAGGAUGCGCUAUUUUGAUAAAGCGUGGGAGUUGAUGGCAAAAAUAAGUAGUAUGCAUCCGUCUUUGCUUACCCUGAAGUCGAUGAGCAUUAUGCUGUCGAAAAUCGCAAAGUUUCAAUCCUAUGAAGAUGUGCUUGCAGCAUUUGAGAAGAUGGAGACUGAUAUUUUUGUGGGCAGGAAGUUCGGGACUGAUGAGUUUAAUGUACUCCUUAGGGCGUUUUGUACACAAAGACAAAUGAAGGAGGCACGCUCGAUUUUCAUAAAGAUGCAUUCUCGAUUUUCGCCCAACACCAAGACCAUGAAUAUCUUGCUCUUGGGGUUCAAGGAAGCUGGAGAUAUUACUGCAGUAGAACUCUUUUACCAUGAGCUGGCUAGAAGAGGCUUUAAGCCAAACAGUAUAACUUAUAAUAUAAGGAUUGAUGCUUACUGUAAAAGAGGCUGCUUUGCUGAUGCACUGAGGCUUUUUGAGGAGAUGGAAAGGGCCAAUUUGUCGCCUACUUUAGAGACAAUCACUACACUGAUUCAUGGAGCUGGGGUUGUUCGAAAUCCAAUUAAAGCACAACAGUUAUUUGAUGAGAUUCAUUUGAGAAAUUUGCUUCCUGAUACUGGGGCCUAUAAUGCUUUAAUGAGUUCACUGAUUAGAGCCAAAGAUGUGCAGUCGGCAGUCGCCUUGAUGGAUGAGAUGGAAGAGAAGCAUAUUAAGCAUGAUCAUAUGACUUAUCACACCAUGUUCCAUGGCCUGAUGAGAACAUCCGGUAUCGAGGGGGCUUCUGAUCUGUAUUACAAAAUGGUUGAUAGAAAUUUUGUGCCCAAACCACGAACAGUGGUAAUGUUAAUUAAAUUUUUCUGUGAAAAUCAUCAUCUUGAUUUGGGUUUGCACUUGUGGGGAUACCUAGUGGAGAAAGGAUAUUGCCCUCAUGGUCAUGCAUUGGAUCUUUUGUUAACAGCAUUAUGUUCCCGCAGUAGGACGAUAGAAGCUUUCGAGUGCUCUUUACAAAUGUUGGAGAGAGGGAGGCAUAUGAGUGAAGCAUCAUUUCGGACAUUAGAGAAUUUCCUGCUUCAAGCUGGUGAGACAGACAAGUUGAGUAAGCUUAAGCAGAUGAGACAUAAACUGCAUAAUCUGCUGGCCCAUUGA